AUGACGGUUUCCAAUGUCUUUCAACUGGGAUUAAUUGUUGGUAAGAAACUUAACAAAACCUGCUGUCUCAAUGGGGGUACGUGCAUCUUGGGGUCCUUCUGUGCCUGCCCCCCAUCUUUCUACGGACGGAACUGUGAACACAGCGUCCACAAACAACAUUGUGGCUCUCUACCACAUGGUACCUGGCUACCCAAGAAAUGUUCCCUGUGUCGAUGCUGGCAUGGCCAAAUUCAUUGCUUUCACCAGCCAUUCCUUCAAGACUGUGGGGCGCGUGUGAUGGAUGAUCACUUCAUGACUUCCAAGAGUCCCAAGCCAGCGCCCCCAGCGUGGACCCCUUUCCUGUUAGCUGGCCUCUGCCUGCUUAUGCAAAGUUAUUGA